AAAUACACUCACCCUAAAAGGAAGAGUACCCAGAUUCUAAUUCUAUUAGGGGAAGAAAUAGAGAGACUGAGAACUGACAAGAGGAAGGAGGUAUGGAAGGUGAAGAGGAAGGAGGGAUAAGGCUGAGCAAGAGAUUUUCGGACAAAGGAGGAGAAGGAGGAGGAGGUGGGGAGGUUGAUUACAAGAAUAAGUCAGGCACGGCGUGGAGCCACUCGUACCUGAAUCAGAAGCCAUGGCACCCUCUCUCUUACCCCAAUCAGCGCCGUAAGUGGAUCGCAGAGCAGAUCCAGGCCCAGCGUCAGCGUCGUACCGAGGAGGUCUCCCGCGAGUAUGCCCAAGAGCAGGAAUUCUUUCGGCAGGCCGCUCUCGUCUCCAAGAAAGACAAGGAAAAGAUUGAGACUAUGAAAGCUGUUAGCUUUAUGUAUGUUCGACCGCCUGGUUACAAUGCCGAAAGUGCAAAAGCUGCAGAGAUUGCUGAUGAGAGUGCAAGGGAGCACCCACAAACACAAGCUCUAACAGAUGCUACUGCUACUUCCACUUCAAGCCAACGCCCACCCGAGUCUUUGCCUCCUACCGCUGAACAUGCCAAGAAAUCAAGGCCUAAAGAUGUGUUUGGCCGUCCUUUACCAACAGAACAAGAAUUUGAAGUUUUGAAAAAUGCUCCAAGGCUGGAGACUGGUGUUCCUACGAGGGCAAAACCAUUUGGAGUUGAAGUGCGCAAUGUAAAGUGCGUAAGGUGUGGAACUUUUGGUCACCAAAGUGGCGACCGUGAAUGUCCGUUGAAGGAUGCCAUAAUGCCCAAUGAAGAGAGCCGUUUGAAAAGGGACGACCCUUUGACUGCUAUUCUUGCCCACACAGAUCCUAGCGAGCCUUUAAAGUGGGAACUCAAGCAAAAACCAGGAAUUAGUCCUCCACGUGGAGGGUUUAAACCAGAUGAUCCCAACCAACAAAUAGUUGCUGAGGACACCAUAUUUGAUGAAUAUGGAGGGUUUCUCAGCGGGAAUGCCAUCCCUGAGUUGCUGACCAACUUCUCAAGCAAACCCAGGAUCAAGUCCACAAAGAAGAACAAGCACAAAAAAAAGCAGUCAUCACCAGUUAGUGGGGAAGACGGGUUUUCAUCUUCUUAUGAGGAUGAUAAGAAGUCAAAGAAGAAGAUGAGCAAGGUAAAUAAGAAGAAGCACAGCCAUUCUGAAUCAAGCUCAUCAGAGAUUCUGGAAUUUGAUAGGCAUAAAGUAAAGCGUAGAGUCAAGCAUUGUUAUUCAUGUGAGAAAUCAAAUCCUGAAAAGCAUCACAAAAGUACAAAGAACAGAAAGAAGCAUUCUGAUUCAUCUGAAAAUUCUGAGAUUUAUAGGCAUCGCAGCAGAAGGGACAACAGCAGAGACAGGUGUACUGUUUCAUCUGAAGAUUCUGAGGCUCUGAAGCACCAUAGAGAUGUCCAGCGCAGACGCAAGCACUCUUUUUCAUUUGAGGAAUCGAUUCAUGAAAAACAUCGUAGAAGUAGAAUGAUCAGACAGAAGCAUUCUCAUUCAUAUGAAGAUUCCAAGAUUGAUAGGCAUUGCGGAAGGGACGUGAGCAGAGACAGGUUAAAUAAUUCAUCUGAAGGCUCUGAGUCUGAUAGACACCUUAAAAGUGGCAAAAGCAGACACCGGCAUUCUAAUUCAUCUGAAGAUUCUGACACAGAGAAGCAAAAUAGACAUAGAAAGAGCAGGGAUAGGCACUCUUACUCAUAUGGUGAAACCGAAAAUGAGAAGCAUCAUAAAAGUACUAACAGAAAACACAAGCGCUUUUGUACUUGAAGUUUUGGCUAUAGGAGGAUGAUAGAAGGGGAGUACAGUAGACACCGAUAUUGUCAUCGUCAUCUUCACCAUCACCUCAAUGCUUAGCAGGUGUCCUGGUGGAAAUGAGCUACUAAUUACAAGUCAACUGAUCUAUCAGUCUCAUGUUCCCGGUUCUGCCUCAGCUAUGAUGUUGCCGAAAAACAGGGUUUCUUGUAACCUCGAACAAGUGGACAUUUCAUAUCGUUGUAUUCAUAGACAUGGCUGUGAUUCUCUUCUAAAGGAUACAUUUUGGAUAAUAUGUUGAUGUGAUUUCAACUUGAGAGAAGAGUGUUUCUUUUUCCUCAAAAACUUGAACGUAAGCGACAGUAUGCAAUCAUGUACGGUUUCCUUUACUUUUGAUAUUUUCCUUGUUAUGAGCAAUAUUGGUCCCUGUUCUUUAAAAUGAUAAAAUUGGAGUAUUGUUGUAAA